UUCUGCGCUGCCCACGCCCCUCUGCCUCCCGGGAGCCGGGCGGGGGGCGGGGGGAAGGCCCCCCAUUGGUGAUGCACAACGUCACUCACGGCCGGUCCGCCCCCCCACCGGGGCCGGCAGUAAAUACGGUGUCGGGCGGUGCGGCGGCACUGGGAGCUGCUGUCGGGGCCGCCCGGCGGAGGGGAGCAGCCCACAGCCCGGCCGCGACGUGGCUCUGCCGGGGCUCCGUGUCGCCGUUUCCCGGACGGGGCGGACGGGACAGCGGCGAGGCCGUCGCAGGCGCUUCCCGGGGCCGGGAACGAGCAGCCCCCUUCACAGCUCCGCCGAGAACGGGGGUCUACCGGGACGGGGCCCGGUUGCUCGCGGCGAACUCCGCCGCUCAACUCGUACCCCCCGGCCGCGGCGGCUCCUUGACACCCUCCGUUGUGAUGCGUAUUCCCGUAGAUCCGAGCACCAGCAGGCGCUUCACACCCCCCUCCACAGCGUUCCCCUGCGGUAAGAUGGGAGAGAACAGCGGGGCGCUGGGGGCCGCCGCCGCGGGCGGUCGGGCGCGGCCCGAGGUGCGCUCCGUCGUGGACGUGCUGGCGGAUCACGCCGGCGAAUUGGUGCGAACCGACAGCCCCAACUUCCUGUGCUCCGUGCUGCCCUCACACUGGCGCUGCAACAAGACGCUGCCCGUCGCCUUCAAGGUCGUGGCUCUCGGAGACGUUCCCGACGGGACCGUGGUGACGGUGAUGGCCGGGAACGACGAGAACUACUCUGCAGAGCUCCGAAACGCCUCGGCUGUGAUGAAGAACCAAGUGGCGAGAUUCAACGACCUCCGAUUUGUCGGGAGAAGCGGCAGGGGAAAAAGCUUCACCCUGACAAUCACAGUGUUCACCAACCCCACCCAGGUCGCUACGUACCACCGAGCCAUUAAAGUCACUGUGGAUGGACCUCGGGAGCCACGACGGCACAGACAAAAGCUAGAAGACCAAACCAAACCCUUUGCUGACCGCUAUGGGGAGCUGGAACGGCUGCGCCAGUCAAUGAGGGUCACCCCAACAACACCCAGCCCCCGUGGAUCCCUCAGCACCCCGAGCCACUUUGGGUCACAGGCUCAGACUCCCAUCCAAGGAACAUCAGAGCUCAGCCCUUUCUCGGACCCACGGCAGUUCGACCGCUCCUUCCCCACGCUGCCAACCCUCACUGAGACCAGGUUCUCGGACCCACGGAUGCAUUACCCCGGUGCCAUGUCAGCUGCCUUCCCCUACACCGCAACCCCCUCAGCCACGGGCAUCGGGGGCAUCAGCAUGACCAGCAUGCCCACCACCACGCGCUUCCAUCACACCUACCUGCCACCCCCCUACCCCGGCUCCACGCAGAACCAGAGUGGACCCUUCCAGACCAAUCCAUCUCCCUAUCAUUUGUAUUACGGGACGUCGUCGGGCUCCUAUCAGUUCUCCAUGGUGGCGGGGGGUGAACGCUCUCCCACCCGGAUGCUCUCUUCAUGUACGAGCAGCUCGGCGGGGAACAACUUAAUGAACCCCAACCUGGGCAAUCAGAACGACGGGGUGGAUGCGGACGGGAGCCACAGUAACUCACCAACAACCAUGUCGACUACUGGGAGGAUGGAUGAGUCAGUCUGGAGACCCUACUAGGAGGAGGGCAGCUGGGCACCGAGAGCUUUAACCGGAUCGGCCGCUGUGACGUUACUCCUUUUGCAUCAGAAUGAUGCCGAGGGAAAAGGUAAACCAAAGUCUCCCAAACCAAAAGCAAAGCAGGAGGAAUCCUCUACACACAACCACGGGCAAACAUCAAGCAAAGCUGGGCCGGGACCUACGUUACAUUUCAAGAUGAACGUCCACGAGGCUUGAAUUUGUCGCUUGAUGUGGUUCCUUUCAUAUGGUUUUAAUAUGUGGAUUGUACAUAGGGAAAAAAAAAAGAUGAUUGGAUUCAGAUUUUUGUUUACUGCCCGACACUUCUCGGUCAUCUCACUUGCACCCUCAUCCCCACACAAAGCAUUCAGGAGUCAGGGAAAGCUCGCCCUUCUGCCAAGCGCUCCAGAGACAAGAGCAGGAGAUGAUCCGAGCCGUCUCUCUGCCAAAGCACAAAGACUGAACUGAAAAAAAAGGAUAAAAAAGAAAAAGGAAAGAAACCUUUGUCUCCUCUCAUUCCCUCCCAGCAGUUCAGGGCUCCUGCCCAGCAAAGAGCUGCGGGGCCGCGCUCUGGUUUACAGCACAAGUUAUGGGGCUGUGUGUUCCUCGUGGGUCGGCAUCAGCCACGCAAACAGGAGCUGUGAUGGGAUGGUGGCUGUUCCUUGCUGGCAGCAAAGGUUGCAUUGUUCAUUUCUGUGCAUUGCUGUCAUUUUUUAGGCAGCAGCGUGGCUGAUCCCGCUCCCGGCAGGCCCUCCCUUCUCCUCUAUGUUUACAUAUGAGAUGUACUUUUUACAUGAUGCGUUGUGUUUUGUUUGCUCUCUCUUUGCCUGACCUCACCGUUCGGUUCUUUGCUCCUCUUAGCAGAUCUCAGCGAUGAUGAUGGUGGUGUGUGAAGUGAAGUGAAGGAGGUGUUGAGGGCAACCCGAGAUGGGUCAGAUGCACUUCCCAGCUCGUGAGCUGCUGUGGGGCUGGCAACAUUUGGCACCGCAUUACUGUGGGUCUCUGGGUCUUCCUUCGAUCCUCUCUGGGUGCCAACACACACAGCUGGUGGCAGAGUCCUCCUUCUGCUGUGAUUCUUUCCUGUGUUUUCACCCCGAGUGGAUCAAUACACCGUGAUUUGUUUUAUUAAGUAACAGCUGACACUCAUCAGUGCGAGCUGAAAGCGCCAACCGAGACCUGGAGAAAGGAGCGCCUUCUAUUCAGCCCCUUUGAUGGUGGGAAGGUUGUCAAGCAAUGCCAGCUGUCAUUCCAUAUCCCCUCCUUUCCCCCGGCUGUCCUGGAGUGCUGGUGUCAGCUCAGCAGCUGAAGGACCAGCACUCAGAAUCAUUGUGGAACCAGUGGGGGAUCUAUUAGAGCCCCAGUGCACACCAUGGUUCCAUCCAUUCCCACCAGUGCUGGGUUGGCGGUGGUUGGACAUGAUGACCUGAGAGGUCUAUUCCAGUCUAAUUCCACAACCCACAUUGUGCCUCUGUGCACAAGCAUAAGAAAACAUAAACCCAACAUCCCAUCCUUCCCUGCUGAAUUUAUGCCCUUAUGGCCCCAACACCUCUUGCCAAAUCUCGGUUGGAAGCUCAUCAGCAAUCAGUUCUAAUUGCACUACCAUGUCAAGACGGGAGCAAGGCGUCCCCAUCUAAGCUGCGAUGACCACUCAGUGAGUUAAACGUGCAACAAGAGAAACAACUCUUCAAUAAGACUCAUCCCCCCCAAAAAAAUCCCUUCCCCAGCAAAACUGCAACGUUCACGUCCUUAAGCAGCAGCGGGCACUGUUGGGUGCUCCCAGCUGGAGAAACUGGACUGGAGCAGCCUGUGUUUGGAUGCAUUUAUGUUGGUCAUCCGAUCGCACCACUGGUUGAAAGCACAAGCAGAAAAGGCAUUUGUAGGACUAGCUUAAUUUAAGACUGUUCGUAGUGGAUUACAAAGAAUGGCAACGACGUUGUUUUUAUGACAUAUUGUCAUGUGAAGGCGUAAAUAUACGCACCUCGGUGGUAUGCAGAUGGUCACGAGACAGGCCAAUGGUUUUCUUUUUGCUUUGCACUAUAAUUUGCUUUUUAUUAUUAUUUUGUUUUUUCUUAAAGAAAAUGCACAAUCGCUUGUACAGUAUCAACCCCUUUUUGUCUGGCUCUAAGAAUAUUUAACUAUAAGAUCUAAUUUUUGAUCAUAUUUGUUAUAAUAAUAUAAUUCUUAAAUGUGUUGAAGGAUCCGAUUGCUUCUAAUACUUGUACGUGCAGGGUAAAACGACGACAAAGAGAGAAGGAGAUGAGAACAGAGACUGCUGUAGAUAAAGAAGGCCAAAGCUGUUGUGUUCUUGUUUUUAAUGGUGUCUUACAACGGACAUUAAAAAAAUAAAAGGAAUGCUAGAGAUACCAAAUAAUGUGGUUGUUGUGUAACGUACCGGCCCUACUUGAAGGCAAUGCCCUCUAUUUAAUAUGUAGCCCAUCUUUUUAACCUGUAGCACUUGUCAAUGGGGUG